UCGUAAACGACAAUAACCAGUUGGAAAGUAUGUAUACAUUUCUAAAGCUAAAGCUAAAUAUCGAAAAAGUGCGCAGAAAUAGUGGAAACUGGCAAAGAAACUAUGAGAGAAUUAAGAUGCGAAAACGGGUUGAAGAUUUCUUGUUAUUUUCGCUUAGCGAUUGGUGUCCGCGGUUCAGGCAAAAGCGACGUUGAAAUACAAGAAGAAAUGGCGGCAGCGACAAAACUUCAAUCAACGUAUCGUGGCUACCGAACGCGAAAAGAAUUAGAGACUCAACGUAGUAUAAGUGGAACUCCACAGCAAGGUAAAAGGACAUCAAGUGAGGAUGCUAAAACAAUUGAAAAUAAAUCCAGCUUCACUCUAACCAAUGAUAAGCCACAAGAGAGUAAAUCCUUGAUUGAAACUGGUGCAGAUCAAAUUAAAUCAGUUCUUGCUCCAUUAGGUGAUUUGUUUGGUAAGUUGCGAGGUUCGACUGAGGAAAGCCCUUACGACACGGUAACUACAUUACUCCGACAACAACAUCCAAACGUUGUGUUGCCAUCUGAACACGUUUACGAGAAUACAAGUGAAAAAAGCGAAAAGGAUGACAAUCUUCCUCAUUCUAUUCCAAACGAUGACUUGCAAUCUUACGAGACAGUGGCUACAUUGCCCCAACAUAGAGUCGAUGGAAUUCCAAAUGGUGAUGUGGGCAAGGAUCAUGAAUACACAACGUCGGACUCAUACAAAACCGUAGACGCAUGGCAACAACAUCCUGGUAUCAAACUUGAAAUAGAAAAACAGCAUGAAGUUACUAAUUCUGUUCCAAUUGCUGAACAAUCACUGCCUACGGAAAAUGUGCGUGGUACAACGAACACUGGCAGCGAUAUGGUACGAAUAUGA